GUAAGCGCGUCAGCAGUUAAUGCGGUGCCGUGCGCGGGAUCGCGUACUGCCAGAAAAUGGAUCCCUUCUGGGAAACUCGCAGACACCACAGACUCAAUCAAAAGAUACCAGUUACCGCCGAAAGCAGUAGGACGCCUCCGACAAAUGCACCCCCAGCUCAUCCCAUCAUAGACGAAAAUCCGCACGCACCAAAUUUUAACUUGAAUUUGGCAAUGCAUCGCUAUUUCACAUUCCCACUUGAAUUUUGUCUGGCGUAUUUACCUGAAAUACCACACAUGCUGGCGGAGCUCGGUUUUUACUAUCUAAUCGACGGUGGUCGCGCUCUUUUGCGCUGUCAUUUUUGCCAAUUGACCGUCAGUGCUGAACAGUUUCAGGACUAUUUUGGCAAAGGCAUUGAUCACGCCCGAAAGAUUAUUCUUGGAAAAAAAUUGAAUUGUUCAAUUGCCUUUGAUGAUUCUAAAAAUGUGCCGAUGGGAGAGGACGUUGACAGCGUACUGAAUUACAAAUUUGAGGCCCACCGUCUCUACUCUUUGAUGAAAAAGACCGACUGGAUGUUUGUGGAACCUUUUGGACUAGCGAAAAGUGGAUUUUACUACACCGGAGACGGAGACAACGUCAGGUGUGCUUUUUGCAACCUGGAAGUUCGCGGAUGGGAAGAGGGAGACACGCCGGACGGUGAGCACAGGCGUUGGAAUCAAAACUGCCCGUUUCUGCAGAAUGAAAAGAGCGUAACCAACAUCCCUAUAGGAAGAGAACAGACUGAAGUGAAACAUGACGGCCUGCCGAAGGUAAAUAUUGGCCCCAACCCCUUUGCUGUGCCGGAUGGACUGAAGAAAUAUGGAACCAAUGUUAGAUUUGUAAGACAAAGUGACGCUUUUCUUGUGACCUCUCACGCAUUGAAUAUCCAUGAUUGGUCUGCACCUUUAAACCCCGAAUUCGCAACUCUCAGCAGCCGAAUCGAUUCCUACAAGCACUAUUGGCCAAAAAGUAACGAGAAAAUACCACUCGAAAUGGCCCUCGCCGGUUUCUUUUACACAGGAACAAGCGAUCAAGCCAUUUGCUUUCACUGCGAUUUGGGGCUGAAAGAUUGGAUGCCGGACGACGACCCUUUCGUCCAACACUGCCAAAAGGGAGCAAAUUGCCAAUAUCUGCAAAUGUGCAAAGGUCUGAAAAUCGUUCUUCGUACAAUGCAUUCCAUCCAAGACAUGGAAAUUUCGAAUUCCGACCCUCCCAGGGAGCAAGGUAUUGGAAAUGGGGAUAUGCGUUGCUUGAAGUGCAGAAAUGAAGCUGUGUCAAAAGUGAGCUUGCCUUGUGGCCACAUGACGCUUUGCAGAAACUGCACUGAUUUGUAUUGCUCUGUCUGCAAGGAAAAUAUCAUAUGCGAAAUUAUAGUCCAAUCAUAGAUUGGGGGAUAGAUAGAUCUAGAUUUUUUUAUUCUUCGAAGGGAAAUUUUUGAUGGUGUGAUUUGUUUUUCCAUCAAUUUGUUUUCUGCUUUUCCUAUUUAUAAUCUUGCAAUUCCAAUGUUCAUGUGACUGCGUUUAUAUUGAUGUAUAUUGAAAAAAAAUAUUGCUGGGUAAUAAAUAAUAUUUUGA